CUCCCCAUUCGUCCCCUCCACGAAUCUCAGACUCAGAGCCGCCUUUUACUACCAGCAUCGAUCUCAAGUCCUGAAUCCGUCCCGUCGAUUUGCACAAUAUCUCGCCCUUGACUCAUCUGCACUAACUGUCGAAUUAUAUGGUCAACCUCUGCGGGCACGCGACGUUGGCUUCGGCGCACUUCCUCUUCACGACUGUUCUUGCCGAGCAUGGCAUGGUGGAGUUCAUGACCAGGUCCGGGAUACUAACUGCCAAGAAAGUUACUACGCCAGGGAGUGUCUCAGAAGAGGAGCAGGGGAAGCUGUUUAUUGAGCUGGAUUUCCCCAUGGACAGUUUUGUGGGCUGCAACACCGCCGACGAUAUGCCUCUGAUCCCAGAGACCCUAAACGGCGCAUCAGUUGUCAGUAUUCACAAAUCGAAGGCCGACGGUGACCUCAUUGUAGAACUUUCGUCAGCAAAAGAGGUUGCCGAUAUCGUUCCUAGCAUUGACGAAAUAAAACGUUUGGACAGCAGGGGUCUUAUUGUUACAGGACCGGCACCUGCUGGAUCUGGAUAUGACUUCUUCACACGUUUCUUCUACCCAAAAUUUGGGAUAGAUGAGCUGUCCAAUGAGCAGUGGUUGGAGCGUGAAGAAAUUGACAUACUUUGUUUACUGAGAAAGCCAAAUCUAGUCUAGUGAGAGUGAGAUAUUGCAAACCUCCAACAAUACUUCUGUAUUUGGUACUAUCUUCAGGACCAAGAGAAUCUCCAACAACAAGGGAUAGAGGAUCUGUAGUAGACAGAGGUGUAGGAGCAGAUUUACACAUUGUCAUACCAAGUUUGCUGAGCAAAUCAGAUGCAUAUUUUUCCCGGGUUAACAGCAACCCCUUUGGCGACCUCUUCACUUCAAUGCCUAAGAAAUAAUGUAGUUCACCAAGAUCCUUGAUAGCAAAAUUUUCAUUUAAUUGUCGAAGCAAAGCUAAAAUAGCACCAUCAGAAGAGCUAGUAACUAUUAUAUCAUCAACAUAGAUCAGAAUAUAUAUAGUAAUUCCUGCCUUCUGGAAAAAAAACAAUCUAGUGUCUGCCUUGAAAGGAACAAAACCAAGAUCAUGCAAUUUUGAACUAAGUCUAGAGUACCAUGCUCGAGGAGCUUGUUUCAAGCCAUACAAGGCUUUGUCAAGUUUGCAAACAUGAUGACGAGCAUUGGGAUUUUCAAAACCUGGUGGUUGCCUCAUGUAGACUUCCUCCUCCAGAACACCAUGCAAAAACGCGUUCUUGACAUCUAGCUGUCGCAAAUUCCAACCUCUGGGGACUGAAAUAGCUAACACUGUUCUGAUAAUAGCUACUUUAACAACUGGACUAAAAGUAUCUUCAUAAUCAAUACCAUAUCGUUGUUUGAAACCUUUUGCAACAAGACGAGCUUUCUACCUAUCAAUGGUGCCAUCUGCCCGUCGCUUGAUUCGAUAAACCCAUUUGCAGUCUAUCAAAUUUCGACCAGAACUUGAAGGAACUAAAUGCCAUGUGUUGUUUUUGAGCAAGGCAUCAUGUUCUUCCUCCUUUGUUGUGCGCCAGUGAGGAUCUUCAAGUGCCUCAGACAGAGAGCGUGGUUCAUCUGUAGAUACAAGCAAACCAUACCUUACAAUGUCAUCAGUAUAAACUUUGGGAUUUUUGAUACCCUUUUGAAGUCGAGUUUGUACGCGAGCCACAGGAGAUACUGCAGCAGGAGAAUGCACAAAGAUCUGGGAGAAUCUGCACCAGAAUCUUCAUCAGAAUCAUCAUUGUUUUCAGCACCAGAUUCUUCACCGGGAUCAGAAGCAGCCAAUGAUUGGCCUGAUCCGGCCGGGGACGCAGCAGCUGGCGGAGACAGCGACCGAUGCAUGCUGCUGCUGUCGGGUGUGUGUUCGCUGGGCACGCUGCUGCUGGCAGGCGUGCUGUCGCUGUUGGAACUGGCAGGUGCAGUGGACGGGGACCGGGGACGCCGCGUAUAAACAAUUGGCUGACGCGCGCGGGAGCUCACGGGAGUGGAUGGCUGCACCUCGGGAGCAGCAUGCCUAUCCACCUCGGGAUCAUCACGCACAUUAUACGAGGUGCAAGGAGGAUCAUGGUGGGAUCGCGCUCUAGAUUCGUCUUCUUCUUCAGAAUUUGAUUGUGACUCAUUUUGAGUGAUUUCUUCACUGUUUUGUCUCAGAUUUUCUCCUGUAUCUCCACCAGCCUGCAACACAUCAGUAAUAGGCACAAAAGUAGACAUAUGAUCAUUAGCUUGUGACACAUCCUCAUGCAAGGUAAAUGACAUGGAUGGAAGGAGAAGAAUUUCCUUCCGAAGAAGAGGUCUGGCAUUUGGAUGAAGUGCAGCGAAAGGAAACACAUUUCCACCAAAGACAACAUCUCGACAGAUAUAAACCCGUCAUGUAGAUAUGUCUAGACAUUUUAUUCCUUUACGAAGAGGGCUAUAACCAAUGAAGACACAACACUUGGAACGAAAAGCAAGUUUAUGUGUGUUAUAGGGUCGAAGAUUUGGCCAACAAGCACAACCAAAAGUUCGAAGAGCAUCAUAAUUUGGUGUAACACGAAGAAGCCUUUCA